AAGUCAAGUUGUGUUAUUGCUCAGCUCCAGUGUGCCCGUCAUGUGAUAGUUGUACAAGGAGUAGCUGACAGUAGCAAUCAAGCUACCAGAAGAAACCAAACCAAGGAAAGAAGUUGGAUUUUGAUCCACAAGGGCCGAUAAGUGGUCGGUUUCUCUUUUAAACCGUUUUUUUGCGAAGAGAAGCUGGAGAUAGGGGUCGCAUAGUUUGGCACAACGCCGAACGCCCUGAGAGGACGACAUGGGUUGCUGUUACAGCAGCGAGAACGAGACCACAGAGCAGGAUCCGGAUGAGCGUAAGCCGUUGAUUCCACACCCGAACCCUGACAGCAAGCCCCUCAAUGGCACAGAAUGGAACCCUGCCAGUGUUCCGUCAGCACGAACAGACGAACAGGCACUCCUGACUUCCAUCCUUCACAAGACAGCUCUAAACAUCAUUGAUGUGUCGGCUGCAGACUCCCAAGGCAUGGAGCAACAUGAGUAUAUGGAUAAAGCGCGGCAAUACAGUACAAAGCUGGCUGUGUUCAACAGUAGUCUCUCUCAGAAGAAGCCCCAGCUACUCCCGUCCCUCACCAGCCAGCCCCACCAAGUGCUCGCUAGUGAUCUAGUGCCAUACUCAGAUGUGGAACAGGUGUCCAAGAUUGCAGCAUAUGCUUUCAGUGCAAUCUCUCAAAUCAAGGUUGACGCGAAAGAAGAUCUUGUGGUUCAGUUUGCUAUCCCCUGAAUCUGUGACACGGCCUCGACAUGGCGCCCCGCUUCCACUCUCGCUUUGUCGCCUCUUCGCAUCCCCAGGUCCAUCAUGCAUACAUACACCUCAACCCCUGUGCUACUUGGUAAUGUUACUAACAGCUACAGCUCAGGACAAAACUGAUAAUGGUCAAGUCUCAAAUGAUACCCUAUACAUACACAUAUAGCUGAACCAAGACUGCGGUCACCAUGGUGUGAUGAGCGAUGAGAACCAUGAACCCCCCUCUGAGAAAGAACCCCCCCUCACACACACAUUUAGAAUCACCUCUGGAAAACCAUAAUUUUUUCAUGUUUAAGACUUGUCCAGAUAUUUUACAAUUUUUUCCAAUCAUAGUAAAAAAACAACAACAAAAACACAGUAUUUUUACGUUUUUGUUUUGAGAAAUGAGCUGCCAGGCGUUACCUAAUUGAUUUGCACGAUAGCUGGCAUGGUCUGUUGUGUACUUACUGAUGUGUAGGUAGACAGGGAUUCUUUGCUCUUCUCCAGAGGGCACUUGCCACCAUAAUGGAAGAUUUGCAUCCAGACCUAGCAUACAUUAUUCUAAUUCAUCCAGAACAGACACGCAUAUAAAGAGCGCAGUUACAUUCAGUGUGUGUGUGUGUGUGUGGGGGGGCGUUAGGUUAAAUGCCUGAGUUUACGAGGAGAAAUUCUUUCUUUUUGCAGUUCCAUAGCUCAAAUAAAUGUACUAGCUGGCGGUUCUUCAAUUUGUAUCUUUAACAGAUUCAUUAAGGAAGGGGGCAGGAUACGGAUGAGGGGCUUGUAAAUGUAUGUCAAUGCCUUUGUACAUAAUUGUGUGAUUCCCUCAGAAGCAGGAAAUAGAUUGUAUGAAGCUCCCCUUAGUUGAGAGUUGGUUGGUCAGAAUGGGCUGAGGCAUCACUGGGGUUGUGCAAGUAGCCAAGCAGUUUUUCCAGUCACUAAAACACCUCAAACACAAAGGUGGAAGACUUUUAAUUUAAAAAAUCAACAGAUUGUAAUAAGUAAUCUUUUAUUUGUUGGUGUGAAAGCAGUAACUAAUGGCCAUAACAGCAGUUUGAGAGAUCAACAUUAAUAUGAUUAUCCCUCUGCAGGGUAAAGGAGCUCUUGUGAUUAUUUAUUUCUGUUUUAAGUGUAUUUAUCCUCUUUGUGGGGAGGGUACAAGUGUGUGUGGUGAGAGACUUGCCUCUUUGAGGUCUUUAAAGGGAUGAUCUGCUAGGCUGUGAUUUUUUUUUUUUUAUAUUAAUUUGGGCUUUUUGCUGUGUGCUCAUAGUUUUUUGUUUUGUUCUGUUACUUCAAACAUUUACUACUACCUGGAUUACUUUGUACAUUUUUAGGCUAGUACCAAAAAGUUUCAACAUGUGUUAAUCCAUUUUCCCAAUUUAUUGAUUAAUGCAUUAAAGACUUUCAACAAUA